AGUCGUGCUCUAUUGUUCUGUAGAUUAACAGAAAAUCUAAAGCAAAUCAAAAUCUAAAGUGGGAAUUGACAGAUGCCAGUCCUGUGUGCAAUACGGGAUGUGCGGGUCACUGCUCUGCAGGUUGUUAAACGUAUGUGUAAAGUUUAUAUUUUUAGCAAGUACUCUAUGACCUGUGAUCCCCAGACCACUCCUGUGAAAAAGAAGAAAUGUGGUGGUGAUGAAAACUGCCCAGAAAUAGUGUCCCCUCCGCUCAGCCCAGAACAAUUGGAUCGUAUUCAGAGGAAUAAAGAAGUAGCCUUACAGAAACGUGCAGCUCGCAACAUCCCUGAGAGCAUAGGGGAGAGCUGGAAACAGGAGCUGAUGGCAGAGUUUACCAAACCUUACUUUGUAAAGCUGAAUGCGUUUGUUGCGGAAGAGAGGAAGCGAUACACUGUUUACCCUCCUCCACAUCAGGUGUUCACAUGGUCACAGAUGAGUGAUAUCAGAGAUGUAAAGGUUGUGAUUUUGGGACAGGAUCCUUACCACGGACCCAACCAGGCUCAUGGGCUGUGCUUCAGUGUUCAGAAACCUGUCCCACCCCCGCCCAGUUUAGGGAAUAUGUACAAGGAACUGGCAACUGAUAUUGAUGGUUUUGAACACCCAGGGCAUGGCGACCUAACUGGAUGGGCUAAACAAGGUGUACUCCUCUUAAAUGCUGUACUAACAGUCCGGGCUCAUAAUGCCAACUCCCAUAAGGAUCAUGGUUGGGAGCAGUUCACUGAUUCUGUGGUUUCCUGGCUGAACAAAAAUCUUGAUGGAAUAGUCUUUAUGCUGUGGGGAGCCUAUGCUCAGAAGAAGGGCUGCAAUAUUGACAGAAAGCGUCACCACGUUCUUCAAACCGUGCACCCAUCCCCACUGUCUGCACACAGAGGAUUUUUCGGAUGCCGUCAUUUUUCUAAAACAAAUGUCUUCCUCCAAGAAUUGGGAAAAGAACCUAUUGACUGGAAAGCUUUGUGAACUUUGGAACACUUCAGCCUUUGUUUCAAUUACUCAACGGUCCACUCCUGACUCCUUCAGUAUUCCACUGUUAGAAAACACUAGAUAUGAACAUAU